GGUGGGGGUAUGAGGAAGGGGGAUAGGUAGGUCAGUGAGGUGAAGUUGGAACUGUUUGUUGCGCAUAUAUAAAGACCGAGUAGACGUUUUCUUUUUGUUGUUGUUUGCUUGCUUCAAUUCCUCAUUGAUUGAUCAAGCGAUCCAGUAACCAAGAGAUAAAAGUGCAAUUAUCACUUCUAAGACUAAACUGCUCGAGGGAUUCAUAUCACAUCACAUCAGAAACUACACAAUGGCUUCAAAUAGACCUUUAGAGGGCAAACUUGCUAUCAUUACUGGUGCUUCUAGAGGAAUCGGAGCUGCAAUUGCCGAAAACCUCGCAUCAAAGGGCGCCAACCUUGUCUUAAACUACACAUCCAAUUCCUCCGCUACUCUCACCACUGCGCUCUCCAAGAAGCUUGAAGAAAGCCAUAACAUCAAAACUUUCAUCGUCCAAGCCGAUGUAUCUGAGAAAUCCGGCGCAGACACCAUCAUCAGCACCACUAAAUCCCAUUUCUCAGAUGCCACCGGAAAAUUUCAAAUCGAUAUUCUGGUAAAUAAUGCAGGUGUGUCUCGAAACACACCCAUCCCAGACAUCACAAUCGAUGACUUCAACUGGCAAUAUAAAAUCAACGUGCUUGGUCCUCUUCUUCUCCUACAAGCCGCACUAGACUAUCUUCCCCACGAUAGAUCCGGCCGCAUCAUUAAUCUCGGUUCCGUCUCUAGUUCCGAGGGUUUCUGGGGCCAAACGGUAUAUGGUGGUACCAAAGCAGCUGUAGAUGCCAUGACACGAACCUGGGCACGCGAAUUGCAUGAUCGCGUAACCGUAAACUCCAUUAAUCCAGGUCCUGUGAAGACAGAUAUGUGGGCAGGUACCACUGCGGGAUUCAAGAAGGAGCUGAAACCUUGGAUUGAAAGUACUCCGGGAAGCAAAAUCAGGCCGGAGUUGGAUGACCAGGAUUUGGUGGAUGAUGCGCCAAAUGCUGGAGGCAGACCAGCUUAUACUUCUGAGAUUGCGGGGAUCGUGGGCAUGUUAUGUACGAGUGAUAGUCAAUGGUGUACUGGACAGGUUGUAUGUGCGAAUGGUGGAAUGGUUUUAAGAUAGUGUUGUUGAUGUGUAGUUUUGGGAAUGAAGUCUUGAUUCGUGAAUAGUUGAUAGUGGAUAGAUUCUAGGCAGAUUCUAAUUGGAUAUCAGUAUGACCAUGCAUAUUGAAAAAGUCAAUACUGUGUCUUGUUGGACUUAGCAGACAUUUUUAUCUGCCAUGAAAGUGGGAAAUCAUGAAUCGAAACCAAUCCGUCAUUAUUAACCCCUGAUUUUCGACAGAUGUCAUUUGGUAUGAUCUCGCUAGGUCGAGGGCGAUAGACAUAUCAAGUUCGGAUGAAUAUGUGCGAAGCUUUCUUUAUAUGUAUGGAGAAUAACUUUUGGGGCUGAAGAUACAAAGAUUUCUGAGGAGUUGACGUGGAACGAGAACCUCUCGGAUAUUCUUUAAUGCUAAGGUAACGAUGACGUUAUAAGAUUGCAUCGAUAUCUGGCCCCGUCAAUAACGUAUAAUAUUUUGAUGAAGUCGUCGCUUGUUUGCGACUGGAACUUUAUAGUGAAUUCGGUGGUAUAGGGAGGAUGAUAAUGAUAUCUUUUGGGAUGGAAUCGGUCGGCUUCGAGUCCGGCAUGAUUCGGGUCAACUCGACGGUUCUCGGGUGGCGAUCUGUUUUUAGGAUGAAGAAUCGGCACACUGGUGCUCGAACUUGUUUAAGAUUCGGAGGAAUUUCAUUCGUCGACACAUUCCCAGAUUGCCGCUGUUUCCUAUCGAAAUGUACUUUUCUUUGGCCGUGAUAUUACAAGAGGGUUCCGAUUGUCAUUUGUCGAUGUGUAGAUGAGGUUCACGUCUUACGUGGCACCAUAGAAUAUAUGCACAUUCUAUGGUCCUUCCGAGAGGCACCUCGUUUUUGCGCCUGACACCACAAAAAUUUCACUAUCUUGUUCGACGCAAAUCAGCAGACUAAUCUCAUCAAUUGAUGCUUAGUGAUCCGUUCUUUAUUAGCGAAAGUUGCAUGAUGAAUGGAUCAAGGCGGAAGUGGUCA